UCUGUCUUUCUUCUUUCUAUGUCUUUGUUCUUUCUGCAUGUUUUCUUUUGUUCCUUUUUCAUAAAUUCCUGUUAUGGUUAGGGUUUUUCCAGUUUAUCAUUAUCCUGACAGACGGUAUACAAUGGAAGUUAAGUCAGACUCCACCGUGGAAUUCAAUCGUAUUGCUACUCAAGUUGUAGAAAUAUGUGAAAAAAUUCAUGCGCCUCAUCCGUUAGGGAUUUUCUAUGGAGAAAACCCUUUGGAAUACUCAUUUAGCCUUGUUUUAUUUGAGCUUAUUUUAAUCAUUGUAUUGUCUCGGAUUGUUCGUCUACUUCUCAAACCUUUAAAGCAGCCCAGAAUUGUCUCUGAUAUCAUUGGUGGCAUUCUCAUUGGACCCUCCGUUCUAGGCUGCAACAAGACAUUUACUAGUAAUGUGUUCCCAGAGAAGGCACAAUUUAUCGUCAGGAACAUUGGAAUAAUGGGUCUUAUGUUUUUUCUUUUCUUAUCUGGAGUGAAAAUGAAUCUCACCCUAGUGACGAAAACAGGAAAGAAACACCUGUACGCUGCUAUGGUAGGGGUGCUUUGUCCUCUUUUAGCGACAGGAGCAGCUGGGUUCAUUCUCCGAUCAUCAAUGGAUAAAGAACUUGCCAGAAUCUCUGGGUUCGGAGCAGUUGCUGCAGAUUUGGCUUUAACUUCAUUUCCUGUUAUUUAUCUUAUUCUUAAAGAGCUAAACUUACUUAGUUCAGAGGUUGGACGAAUGGCAUUGACAACGGCAAUGGUAAGUGAUGCACUUGGCAUUGGUGCAAUUAUUGUGUUUGAGGCAUUAAAACAAAAUGAGGCUAGUCGUGAGAGUGCCCUUUGGUAUGUGGUAUCUACUAUUAUAAUAGGAGCAUUUCUCAUUCUCCCUAUUCGACGAGUUCUGUGUUGGAUUGUUAAGAAAACACCUGAAGGUAAACCUGUUGAGCAAACUUUUGUGAUAUUUAUCUUACUGGGGGUACUGGUCAUGGGAUUUUUCACAGACAUGUUUGGACUAGCCAUAGCCAACGGGUCACUAUGGCUGGGCCUGGUAAUACCUGAUGGUCCACCACUAGGAGCUACUAUCGUAGAGAGAAGUGAAACCAUUGUAAUGGAGCUAUUGAUGCCUUUUUCAUUUGCACUUGUGGGGUUAUACACAGAUGUGUUUGCUAUGGUUGAUUAUGGUUGGAUGAAAUUGGCACCACUUUUUGCCAUAGUUCUAAUAGGUUAUUUCUCCAAACUAGUUGCUGUUCUGGUGGCUGCCCUCUACUUCGAAAUUCCAGUUAAAGAUAGUGUGACUCUUAGUCUCAUUGUGAAUUUGAGAGGUCAACUCGAGCUAAUUAUCUUUAUUCAUUGGUUGGACAAACGGAUCAUCGGGAUUCAAAUGUUCACAAUGCUAGUGUUAUUAACAACACUGAUGACCGGCAUAUGCACACCUUUGAUCGGCAUACUUUACAACCCAACAAGGCCAUACAUGGUAAACAAAAGAAGAACCAUCCAACACAGUCCCCCUGGAAGUGACCUACGAAUAGUAGUCUGCAUAAAUGACAAGGAAAGUGUAGUCAGCCUCAUCGAUCUCCUGGAGGUCUCAUAUCCAACUACAACUGGUCCAUUCGCAGUCUACGCACUCCAUCUGGUUGAGCUUGUAGGCCGUGCAACUCCAGCAUUAAUAGAUCAUGAGAAAUCCGGAGGGCCUUCAAGGCAUGCAGACCAUGAAGCCAUCCACAAUGCUUUAAAACGUUAUCAACAAGCAAGAAAAGAUAGUGUAAAGGUUCGCUUCUUCACGGUUUUCACAGUAAAGCGAACCAUGUACCAGGAUAUAUGUAAGCUGGCUUUACUAAAUAAAGCUUCACUCAUCAUUUUGCCAUACGAAAGGAGAAACCUAGAAUCAGGUACAGGAACUGAAAUUGUGGGUCACGGUCGAGGAAUGCAAUCAAUAAGUUCGAAUGUCAUAGCUCAUGCCCCUUGCUCUGUUGGAAUCCUUGUAGACAAGGGUAAUACUCAUAACACCAUUAUGGUGAGACCAUUUCGGCACUCUUCACACCAGAAAUUUGUUGUGCUAUUUCUAGGAGGACCAGAUUCUCGUGAGGCACUCACAUACGCAGACAGAAUGGCUCGAAAUCCUGACGUUUAUCUUACAGUAGUACGGUUCCUUUCACACAACAAUACAGGGGAUGAUGAGAUAGAGAAAAAGCUUGAUGAUGGGAUUGUAACAUGGUUCUGGGUGAAGAAUGAAUCAAAUGAGAGAGUAGGCUAUAAAGAAGUUGUGGUGAAGAAUGGAGAAGAAACAAUCGCUGCAAUUCAGGCCUUCAAUGACGAUGAUAAUGAUCUAUGGAUUGUAGGUAGAAAACAAGGGAUAAACCCAAGGAUCCUUGACGGACUAUCAAAUUGGAGCGAAAAUCUAGAGUUGGGAGUGAUAGGAGAUUAUAUUGCAUCUUUCGAUUUUGGUAGUGCAGCCUCGGUCUUAGUAAUGCAUCAACAAAUAAUGAGAGUGCAAGGGACAAAUGCAAGUGAAUAAUAGAUGAAUUUUAGGG